CUUUGUUCCAAAGCAGUGCAUUGCCUUGUUAAAUCGGAUUUAUCAUAGACAUAUUUUAUACUACGGAUACUGGUAGUAUAAUUUCCAAAGUGUUUCUUUUCUAUCUUUAUUUGUCGGAUCAAUUAUGUCCCGCUCACGUGCCGACUUGCCUGCAGCAUGCUCAAAGCCUUCUAAAGAUGGCGAAAAACCGCAUGAAUCCGGUAUCGACUCUAUUAACAUGGAUGUCGGUGGUGAAUAUGAAUCGUCUAUCGCUGCAAACGCAGUGAACGUAACGGCUCCAUGUGACAACCUUAACCCUACUGGUUCAAAAAGACGACGUUCUGGUGAUGUGUGUCAGAAAAUGAAGCUGAACCAGGAACUCGCUCGUGUCGGUCAGGAUUCUGACACUCCAAAAACUAAGUUCGCUUUGGUAAGCCGUACUCGUGAAUUAACUUCGGAAGACCUGAAUGAACUUCUUUGUCAGCUGUAUCCGAGGCUGGACAAAAUACUUCAUGCAAAUUUCAUCCCAAAAUUCUGCGGGCGCGGUAUUUCGUCUGGUAGAAUUUGGUUUGAAUGCAUGGAUAUGGAAUCUCGCUGUUGGAUGGAAAAGCAGGUCAAGGAGAUUUCCAAUGCAUGGUCGAGAGGAAGUUUCGAUGUAGUGGAAUGGGUUCCAGCUCCUCCACUACAACGCGUCUGUGUCUCGAUUCCAUGGUUAGUAGACGAGCGUACUCCUGCGCAACUCGUUAUAUCGCGAUUGGAUAGCCUGAAUCCUCAUCUUGGAGUUAAACGCUGGACUUUAUUCAAGGCGGCGAAGCCCUGGGAGGGGAAGAGGUUAUUCAUUUUUGGCCUCGAUGAUGAGGCUCUAGAUCUCUUGGAACACAAUGAAUUUGAACUGUUCUAUGCUUUCAACAAACUUACGGCUUUUAAAUAUACUAAUAGAAAGUAAUUAAAGCAUGCUUCUAACUAGUGUUACGUUUUAUAUUUGCACUACAAUGCAUACUACAAUGAAGAAUUAAAAUGGACUUUGUAAUGCAAUCAUGUAAAAUAAAAUCUUGCAUA